AAUGUUUAGAACAUAUUUUUCGAUGAUAAAUUCCGUCUAACCUAUACGGAUUUUGUACCGUUUGGAAUGGAAGUUAUUCUAAUCCGGAAGUUUACAUUGCCCAAGCAACAACACUCGACUGCAGUUUUUUGAAAAAGGUAAUCUGCAGUCAUGAGUCGUCUAUACGACACUGUGGAGCCCUCUGUCAUUGAUGAGGACAUGCUCCAGAAAGCAGUAGAAGAGCAAGGACCAAAGGAUGAAGCAGGAAAAAUUGCCAAAGCUGAGGGUAUUGACUUUGGAGAUGUUUCAUCACUCAGACUGGAGUUCAAAAAUAUCUUGGAAAUUGACAAUUUGUGGAGUUUUUCUUGUCUAACCAAAUUACAGCUAGAUAACAACAUCAUUGAAAAAAUCAAAGGCUUGGACGAGCUGGUCAACCUUAUAUGGCUAGACCUGUCUUUCAACAACAUUGAGAUGAUAGAAGGUUUGGACAAACUAACAAAACUUCAAGAUUUAACUUUAUACAACAAUCGCAUUUCACGGAUAGAAAACAUGGAGAAACUAACUGACCUACAUGUAUUCUCUAUUGGAAAUAAUAACCUCACAGAUCUGGAAAAUGUAGUAUAUUUGCGAAGAUUUAAGAAGUUGAGAACGUUAAACUUAAAUGGUAACCCAUUCUGUGAGCAGGCAGACUACAAACAAUAUGUGAUAGCUUACAUCUCCUCCAUUGAUUUCCUCGAUUACAGACUCAUUGAUGAACAAUCUAGAGCAGCCGCCACAGAGAAGUAUCACCUGUCCAUUGAGGAGAUGUUACAUAAUGAGAGGCAAGCUGAGCUUAGACAGGCUGAAGAAAAACAGAGAGAAACAGAAGAAGGCACACACAGGGAAGCAUAUGUAGAUGGUUUGAAUGGACCAGACUUGUUUGAGGGCAUGUAUGCUGAUGAUACUGAGGGCAAGAAACUGAAGGAGAUGCCAGGAGUCGAUGAACUUGUCAUGACAUUCCGUGAGAAGUUUGUAAAUAUUUGCAAACAGAUAUUUGACUAUGGCCUUCAAGAACACGAGAAAAGAGAAGAGGAGGUUAACCAGUUCUGGGAGUGUGUAGAAGAAGCCAAAACAGAAAAUAAAGAGACUGGCAUGACACAUAUUGAAAACUUCAUGAACAUGAAGAAAAAGAUAUUUGCCGAGAUGAACCAUAUCACAGACAACAAUCUGUUGGACCAGAAAGUUAAAGAAUACAACAAGGAGGUCACGGAACUCUGGGAUAAACUCAUGGCACUGGAACUCCAACUUGUCGACCAGUUUGAGGAAAUUAUCAAAGACUUUGAGAGGAAUCUGCAGGACAUGGGAUCCACUUUCAUUGAAAAUGUACAAGGCUACCUGUCCCAGUGUCGUGACCUUGAGAACGCUCAUCAUGAACGCAUGCUUGAGAUUGCCAUCAUUACGUUAGAGAAGUUUGUGAAAAAUGAACUUGAUGAUGAAAUUUCUGAGGACCUGAGAAACUUGUUUGUGGACAAAGACACAAUCAUCAAUGCAGUGACGUCUUCACACGAUGUCCACUUGCUAAAAAUAGACAACAAAGAGGAUGAUAUAGUUACUCGUAUCAAUGGCUGGAUGAAAAAUUCCAUUGAAAAAAUUCAUUACGAACAGGAAGUGAAACGCAAUCGGGAACGAGUCUCUGAAAUUAACAAUACAAUUGACCAUUUACGUGAUGAAAUAGACAGCUUGGAAGUGCUUCAGGGUGCUGGAUAUUGAGCAUGUGUAAAUGUACAAAGUUCUUAACAGUUGAGCAGAACAAACUGGAAUAUGAGGAUAGAUCAUAAUUAUGCUGUUGGUUUUAGCAGCACUUGGCAUUAAUAACUGCAGUUUCCAGUUUUUCAUCAUUUUUUAUAUAAAAUUUGAUUUUCAGUUUCUUUUAAAUUUCUAAAAUUCUUCAUAUUUCAAACUGCAGUGUGUUACAGCUGUUAAACUGAGGUUUCAUUGUGUAUGAUCAGUCCUAAACAAGACGGAAAUUCACAAGAUUAAAUGGAAAAAGCACUUGAAAAGUUCAUUUUGUGUGUUGAUUUUUUGGUAAAAAAGUUUUAGUCAUCAAUUUUUACUGUUGAAGAGUGACAUACUCAAUUGAGUGUCUGUAACUACUAUCAUAUGCUGACAUUCACUGUCCAUCCAUAUUUCACAGUAAAUAUUUGCACUUUGAUAGAUACCACAGGGCAUUCUAAAAACAAAAACAAUGCUGACCAAUCUACAUGAAAAAAGGCAAAUGAGGUUCCUGGUUAUCCCAGUAUGUGAGGAAAUUUAUGUGCCUGUCAAAACUGUUCAUAAGACAGGGCAAACUGAAAAUUAGAUAUAUAUACACUGCCAUCACAGUUUUGGUAUCUAAUAUUAACCCUUAGCCUGCUGGUGGCAAGUGAUUCUGCCUUUGCGACCAGUGCAGACCAAGAUCAGCCUGCACAUCCGUGAAGUCUGAUCAUGGUCUGCACUGUUCCCCAUUCAGUAUCUUUUUUGAAAGCUCCCCUUUAACAGUUAAUGGUACUCUCCAAGUUAAAAGAUGGACAAGUUCAUUAUAGAAAUUUAGAAGGGUAAGGGUUAAAGAAGUAUAGUGCGUAUUUUCUGACCUGGCCGAGAUAUUUUUAGUACAGGCUUUAGCACUAAAAUCAAUAGGUAACUUUGUGCAUGUCGGAUUUAUCCGACGUAAUAAAACGAAAUCUAAUGAUAUAGCCGAUUACCCUAAACUCAAUGAUAGAAUGACCCAUUUAUGACCUUUCUAUAAAUAUCUCCGCCAGGUCAGAAAAUAAGCGCUAUAAAAGCUGCCUAUCCACAUGUAUGUCACUUCAUAGAAUGAGGGUAAAAUGGUAUAAAAUUUCAUAAAUUCUUGUCAGUUAUCAAAAUUUCUUUAUUUCAGUGCUUGUCUGUAUCAUUUUGUAAAAUGCCUUCCAGUUUGGUAAAGUUAUGCACCAUAGGUAUGGUUUCCCAGAUAUUUUGUGAUGCCCAGCACAUGAUCUUAACCAGAUAUAUAUAUAUAAUAAUGUGAAAGAUGUUGCCCGUCUGUGAUCAUAUACUGAAUGCUAGAUAAAAUAUGAAAUUGUGCUUGUUUGCUAAGGUACGGUUUCUUAAAAUGUUACUUUAAUAAAAUAUGUCAAAUCAAAUGCUUUUUGUGAGUUCUGCAUUUACACUGAAAGUACUUCACCAAUGCUAUUUAUUUUUGUACAGAAAGUAAAGUAUUGUUUUUAUUUACAAAUGAAAUUGAUUUAUGUUUAUUUCUGAACAGAUUAAACGUAAUUUAAGUUA